AUGGGGGGACUGGGCGACGGGGCUUUGGAGCCUGUGUCAGAGGUGGUGGAGGUGGUCGAUAUGGGGCUAACCUUUGACCUUUGUAUCUGUGCAGGGGAUGUCCUGUAUGAGCUGCUGCAGCACAUCCUGAAGCAGAGGAAGCCCCAUGUGUUUUAUCCGUCUGCAUACUUCCCUGGAAACUCCUUCUACUCGCUGCCUGAGAGCGCUGUGCAACACCUCAAGCUUGAAGAAACGGUACGCCGGCCACCACGCGGUACAGAGCCCCUCCCCCAGCAUCCUCCAACCAUCGAGCUACGGCACCGCUCCCGCUCCCCCCACCAUCCAAACCCCAGGCGUUCCCCUCCAGAGCAUAACCAUCCCCACCCAGCUAAGGAGGACCCUCUGCAGACCUUCUCCCAGCUGCCGGACAGUAACCACCACCUGCCUGAGGACAUGUACCCUCUGUCAGUGUCCCCCGCCGCCCCCAAUGGACGCUGCUCCACACCUCGGGAAGCCCCGUGCCCGGGCAGCCCCGGAGGCCAGGAGGCGGGCCCUCCUCGUGUCAUCCAGCUCAUGCCUAGCCCCAUCAUAAACCCCCUGCUCCUCAGCCCGAGCAGGAGCGGCGGGGGCGGGCCCGUGGACUUCAGGCAUAGCAGAAGCGCUCCGUUGUCGAAGGGCACGCUGGAGAACGGGCGUGAAGGGAAAGUCCACAGCCACAACUACCAGAUACCUCUGACCCAGCAGCAACAGCAGCAGCAUCUACUGCAGCAGGAGGAGGAGGCGCUCUACAGGAACCACGUCAUCAUGCCAGUGUCUCCACCAGAGGAGCAACAAAUACCCAUCGGUCGGAUAGCAGACUGCAGGCUGCUGUGGGACUACGUCUACCAGCUCCUCUCAGACAGCAGGUACGAGAACUACAUUCGCUGGGAGGAUCCAGAGAGCAAAGUCUUCCGCAUCAUGGACCCCAACGGCCUGGCCAGGCUCUGGGGAAACCAUAAGAACAGGACCAAUAUGACGUAUGAGAAGAUGUCGCGAGCACUGAGACACUACUACAAACUGAACAUCAUCAGGAAAGAGCCCGGACAAAGACUUCUGUUCAGGUUCAUGAAAACUCCUGAUGAGAUCAUGAACGGACAGACGGACCGCCUGGAGCACCUGGAGUCCGAUUCAUACGAACAAACCUAUAUCAAAGAGGAAUGCAUAGGAACUCUGGGAAAGCGAGUCCAUGAACUCCUACCUACUACUACAGCCGCUGAUGCCUUUCAGAAGCAGCCUGAACAAUCGUCGUUAAAGCCGGAGCCUGUGGACGUUUGCUCCUAUCAGUCAGAGAGACAUGACGUCUGACCGCUCGGAGGUCUCUCCUCUUCUUUUUCAAUGAACUGCAAAAGCCAAUCACUUUGUGCUUACGUCACUUUUAUGAUUUUUAUCCUCACAUGCAUUAAACUGCAGAUUUUUGCUGUUUGUAAAAAGAAUAUUGGGUGUGUGUGACAGGAAUGUUUUCACAGUGGAAUAAACA